AUUUACGCACAGCAUCUUUCAUAACUACCUCGUGUCACUGUUUAUUAGUGUUUAUCCAGACAAGAAAUCAGUAGAAAUACAUAUACAUUGGUGUUUAGUGAGUGACGUACAUUUCAAUUGAAAAGAUAAAUAAAACAAGCCACUACUAAAAGUUCAUCCCAAGUGUUGUUCAUGCAAACCAAUUCACCAAAUCAGAUCGAUGGAAGUUGGACUCCACGAGGUGAAGCCUGAUCCACAGACGAUUGUUCCGGGAUUGUUGGAAGUGUCCUCAUCCGAUAGAAACAACUCUAAUUCGAAACAUCACCACCACCAUCUUCACAAUCAUCACAGUUCCUCUGCCUACAACCCCUCCAAACCUCGGAACCCUUCCUCCAACCUGCCCACCCACAAGAUUUCGACGAUACAGGGACUGAACUCCACUCCGGUUAGAAUCACUUCCCUUAGUGGAGAACAACUACAAACCAUGGCCAAAUCUUCAGGGCUGAGCGUUGUGCAUGUAACAGUUCCACAGUCAGUCAUCCAGUCUCCUUCGGUGAUACAAAGUAAUCAUCAACAACAACUAAGUGCAGGGGGACAACAACUUCAACUGCCCAAGAACGUUCAAGCAUACCAUCAAGCCCCAGGUUGCCCUGUAUUCAUGGGGUAUUGGGAGUCUGUGCCAAACGCGAAGUUUGACUGCUCAGUCACACGUUUUCUGCUAACAAUAAACACAGCGAACCGAUUUCUUAUUACAACAUUACAAGUCAGGUUAACAUUGUUAGAGAUGUCACAAAAUAAAAAAGAUAAGAUGGGUUUGGAUGAAAAUGAAUUGGAAAUUGUUUACUUGGGUACACAGCAACACAAAUCGAGUGACACUAACAAGGCGAUACCAAAGUCUCCAUUGAAGUCGGUUCAACCAACGUUCAGUCGUUUGUCAAGAAAGUUUGGUAACAGAGUGGAUAACAAGCCUUGCGAUGAUAUUAUACUCUCGAAACGCGCAAAACAUGACGAUAACCCAGUCAAGACUGCCAAGCCUCGGGAGGCCGUUUUGGGUGGAGGGGCGGAACAAGUUGUGGAAACACCGCGUGAGAGGGAGAAGUUGGUGUGCCAAGAAGAAGAUGACAAUAUACAGGAAGUGCAUGAUGUCUCCUCAGUUGGCCAUGAUGCUGAUGUCACAAUGUGGGAUAUUGACGACAUUAUCGAGAACAAGGAGAUGAACAUUAAUGAAUGGAAGGUGGACGAGAUAAAGAAAAUUGUAAAUCAAUUCAAGGAAAAAUUGAAUAGUAGGCAGAUUGCUACGAACAAAUCAGUAACCCACAGCGUGGUUCAUAACAAUUUGGACAAGAUUUUAGGCAUAAUCGGAGCGGAAGAAAUUGAGAAGAGGAAAAAGUUGUCGGAUUACAUGGAGCGAAUUCCUGAACCCACGUGUGACGAGUUCACUACUCUGAUGGCACAAGCGAAGGAAAAUUUAGAAAAAAGAAAGGACAAAUCAAAGUCCGCGGAAUGUGUGGUCGAAGGAUGCGAGUCAACAUACAUAAACCCAUCGGCCGCCAAAAUACAUAUCAUUUUAGUGCAUAUGAAAUUACGUCGCUGGAGAUGUACCAAAUGCCACAUGGAGUAUGGGGCUUGGACGGGCCUUGUCAAGCAUGUGAACAAAAAUCAUUUAGGCGUACUGAAAACUUGUCCCGAAUGCAAAUUUACUGGAUCCGUAAGCGCUAUUCAAUAUCAUUCUCGACUAGGGCAUUUCACCCCCUCAGGACAAAAAGUACUUUUCGCAUCCGGUCAAGGAAAGAUUGAGUUUCGACUGUUUGAAAUCGACUUUAUUACAGUGAGAUUUGGAUACACGUGGACUGUGUGGAAGGUGAAUUGGAUUAACGAUGACAAUAACCCUGUGAACUUGUCGGUGGGCAUCUCAAGAUUCGUGGAUCUGCAAGCAGUGCUUCGAGAAUUCUGGGAACAAUUCAUGAAGGUUAUGUCGGGUGACAGUGCUUCAGCACGCUGGGUGGAAUUGUGCGGCAGCGCCCGACGUGAAUUCCGGAAAGGUCACCGGAUUGAUUGGACAAGUGUGACCUCCCUUGGGAUUCCUGCUGUUUCGAAAGUUGUUGCAACCCAAGUGAAGGGAUUAGCACGCAAACAUUACGACGCGAUCUACAUUAUCGCAACGGAAGAGGCUGCCAUCUUUCUCGAACAGCAGAAACUCAAUAUUAUCGAGCAAUUGGACUCCUUCAUUGAAGAAUUGCCCCCUCAUAAUCGUGACUUCGUUUUGAAAAACCGACCGAUCAGUCUGCCCGAAUUAAGCUCGCCAUAAAUUAUGUUUUUUUGUUACUAUUCAUUGUUAGUGUUGGUCCAUUAAAUACACAUGUCGAACUGAACAUUA